UCGAACUCAUUACAAUCCUCUUGCCUCGGCCUUCCGAGUGCUGGGAUUACAGGCGUGCACCACCGUGCCUGGCUAGUCACAUUUUAAGUAACGCAGAAGUUGCCUCAGGAACAUCUCUGGCUUGCUCCAUCACUUUCGUAAUGAAAAGCUGGGCUCCUUCAAGCGGUGUAAACUGCCUUUCCUGGUGCUACGCAAAUUGUAGCUUUCAGGAGAUCCUUGAGUAUUUUAAUUGCCCAGAAGUGCUUGUCUAUCCAAGCGUCCAGAUGACUCUGGUUACCUUGCCCGUUACCGGAACCACAGGGAAUGGCGGACAGGAGUGGGUACCAGCAGAUGACAGCGCUGGGGCGCAGCAGGCUUAAGGGGAAGCUGACCCUACUCUGUGAUGCCAAGACAGAUGGCAGCUUCCUCGUGCACCACUUUCUCUCUUUCUUCCUCAAAGCUAAGUGUAAAGUCUGCUUUGUGGCACUCGUCCAGUCCUUCAGUCACUACAACAUCGUGGGACAGAAGCUGGGCGUCAGCCUGACCACGGCGUGGGAACGUGGGCAGCUCGUGUUCCUGGAGGCUCUCAAGACCUCGUUGGACAUCUUCUUCCAGACGCCAGCGGGGCCACACCCCUUGCAGUUUCUCAGGGAGGCCAGCGCUCGGAACCUGCAGCCGCUGUAUGCAUUUGUGCAGGAGGCCCUGAAGCCUGAGGAUGGCGGGGAGGCGACAUGGAGGCACCCGGUGCUGCUGGUGGACGACCUCAGCGUGCUGCUGAGCCUGGGCGUGAGGGCUGUGGCAGUGCUGGACUUCAUCCACUACUGCAGGGCCACGGUGUGCACGGAGCUGAAGGGAAACCUGGUGGCCCUUGUGCACGACAGUGGAGACGCUGCGGAUGAGGAGAACGACCUUCUGGUGAGUGGCCUCAGCCAUCAGAGCCACCUGAUCCUGCGGGCCGAAGGCCUGGCCACCGGCUUCUGCAAGGAUGUGCACGGGCAGGCCUCCCCUUCGAGAGUCAUCGGUGUCCGUGCUGCCUGUGUGCAUUCGCAUAUGUGGAUUCAAAACACUGGUCUCGCUGACAGCACACAAGUGCACAGAAAGAAGGCAAAAGGAAAUACACAAAAAUACUGUCACGGUUUUUCCCUGGGCGACUUUUCAUUUAUUUUACUGGGUUAUUUUGCAUUCAUGUUUCUGUAACUAGGAAAUAUGACUAUGGCAAUGGAAGGGAGGACUGUUAUUUUUAGUUCACUGUUUAUUUUGCAAGUUGGUCCCAUUAGGAGCCUCAGUUGAAGGCCACAGUGAGGGCGCGGUGGGGUUCACUGUGGGCCGUCUCAGUGCUGCCCCCCUUGCAUUCCGUCUGUC